AUGGAGCUAAAAGAAGUGUUUCCACUCCCAAAGUUAGCAGCACAAAAGUGUGGGUUGGUUCCUGAGACCAUGCUUCUCACUUUAACAGACAUACAAGAGAAGAGAUUCCUCAAAAUUCGAUCCCCCCACGCCACCAGAGCAUCUUCUCUGUGUUCUGUUCUCUCAAUCAAUCACCCUCUGCUUCAGUAG